AUGUCAGCACAUGUCUUCCUCCAUCUGUGUCAUGAGGUUGGGACGUCAUUGGAAGUUGGAACUAGGAGAGACAUUAUGGACAUAAUAAAUACACUGGCAAAUCAAAUGAGAACAAACCUUAUGAUGACAAGUGGAAGUCGAAGAGAAGGAUUUAGACUAGUGGAGUCUGAUCUGGACGUUAUGUACUGGCCAAAUAGUUACCGUGUUAUCUGGGAAUUGUAUCAGUCUCAUUAUUAUAACAAUCUCAGCAAAGAACUGAUACUCUGUGACGGUUCAGAAAGCCGUCCAGGAUUCACCUUGUUAUAUCUGCUUUCACCAAGAUUAUACAGUGAACUCCAGAGAGCUUGUGUUAGAAUGAAAAACAGACAUUAUAUAUCUAGUUCUAAACACAGACAAAUCAAGUGUUCUGCAGAAUCACAGAGAUCCACUCUCCAUGGACCUUGUGUGGGUAGACAUCAUGGAAUGCUAGGAUAUGAUCUUGCCCACUGUUUUGCAUCGGAUAUUUGGCCUCCAUCUGCCUCCUCAUGGAUAGACAGAAGUCAUUCAUGGCCCCCGUCUCAUAUUGUUGAUGACAUAGUAAAAAGAGGAUGUCAUUUUGUGGCAAUUGGACAUAAACUAGAAAAACAUGAACAAAAUGAAUGGAGAAUUUCUUUUUCUUUGGCAGAACAAAAGCUUGUGUAUGCAAUGAACCACUUCCAGUUCUUAACAUACGGCUUGCUGAAAUUAAUUUUAAAUAGAAUAAUUAAUAAUGGAUUAGGCGAUGAUGAUAAAUUACUGUGUUCCUAUCAUAUGAAGACGGCAGUUUUCUGGGCAAUUCAACAAAAUAUAAUACCUCAGUGGUGUCCACAUAAUCUUCUUUACAGUUCCUUGACCUGCUUUAAACUCAUCCUCAAAUGGGUGUAUGAGGGGAUCUGUCCCAACUUUUUCAUUCCUAGUAACAACAUGUUUCUCAGUAAUAUUUAUGGUGAAGCCCAAAACUUUUUAUUUAUUAGACUGUAUGAACUAUAUAAGAUGGGUAUACAAUCCAUGCUUGAAACUCUCUCCAUUACCUCUUGUAAUGAAUGUAUAGAUUUCAUUCGUGAUCCCAGCAUUUCCUCUUGCGCAGAUGAAGAUGUCCUGUUUUCUGAGGCUGAUUUUGACAUCAAGUUAUUUAGAGAAGUAGACAACCAGGGCUCAUUUUCUGUCUCAAACGUACAAAAAUGUAUACAGUUUUUACAUAUAAUAGAACAGAUGAUUGCAUCACCCCUGACACAGAAUCAAGACAUUAUGCUACAGAAACUUACAAAUUCUGUCCUCCAGAAUCUGGCUUUUAUGUUACCUUUGAAUACUUAUACACAAGAAAACAAACUGAAGUACAGAGCUGACAAAAUUUCUUGUCAUUUCCUGAAAUUUGCAGCAAAGUUUGGUUGUAUUUCUGACGUAUUGUACCUAGCCAUGUAUUAUUACAAGACAUUUAGAUACACAGAAGCAUUAGCUAUAAUAGAGGUGAUAAAGGUUAAGCUAUCCCAGCCAUAUGUGAUGCACAAUUUUAAUGUCGAUGAGGAGAUGUACACGGAGGCUGUAGGGGGUCAGUCCUGGUCUACAAAGAUGGGACAAGCUGUAGCAUGGAAUAUCAAACUUAACAAUAAUAUUCUUUACAUCAGUGAAUUGAGACCAGAACAACAGUCCAGUCUACAAAACGAUGUGCCUUACUUGUAUAUUCCACCCUUCGUAAUGCUAUAUAUGCUAGAAAUUUUUGCUGCAAACAUGUAG